AGGGCUGCAGCGCGGGUGCUGGGGAUGCUGCUGGCGGCGGCGGGGGGCAGCGGCGGCGGCGGCGGGGGGCGGCGAGCGGCGGCGGCGUCCCCCGACGGCGCGGUCGCCAACCUGACGGUGGCCGUGGUGCUGCCGGAGCGCAACGUGAGCUACGCGUGGGCCUGGCCGCGCGUGGAACCGGCGCUGAGCCUGGCGCUGGAGGCGCUGCAGCGUGGGGAGCCGCCGCUGCUGCCGCGGCCCUUCUCGGUGCGCGUCGAGUUCAUGAGCUCGGAGCUGGGGGGCGCGUGCUCCGAGUACGUGGCGCCGCUCAAAGCCGUGGACCUCAAGCUGUACCACGACCCCGACGUGCUCUUCGGGCCGGGGUGCGUCUACCCCGCCGCCUCGGUGGGCCGCUUCGCCUCGCACUGGCGGCUGCCCCUCAUCACGGCCGGGGCGGUGGCGGUGGGCUUCAGCGAGAAGCGCGAGCACUACCGCACCACCGUGCGCACCGGGCCCUCGGCGCCCAAGCUGGGCGCCUUCGUCUCCCACCUGCACGCCCACUUCAACUGGAGCUCCCGCGCCGCCCUGCUCUACGUGGACCACAAGACGGACGACCGGCCCUACUACUUCACCAUCGAGGGCGUCUUCCAGGAGCUGCAGGACGGCAGCAACCUCACCGUCCGCCACCACAUCUAUUCCCCCGACGAGGGCGGCGCCGACACCGCCAUCCACUUCAUCAAGGCCAGCGGGCGCGUGGUGUACCUCUGCGGGCCGCCGGAGAUGCUGCGCCGGAUCAUGCAGCUGGCGCAGCGCGAGAACCUGACCAACGGCGACUACGUCUUCUUCUACGUGGACGUUUUCGGGGAGAGCCUGCGUGGGGACUCUGCCCGUGAUGCCUUCAAGCCCUGGCAGCAGGGCCCGGGACAGGACUCGGGGCUGCGCGAGGCUUUCCAGACCGUGCUGGUGAUCACCUACUACGAGCCCCAGAACCCCGAGUACCAGCACUUCCAAACGCAGCUCAUCCUGCGAGCCAAGCAGAAAUUCGGGGUGCAGCUCAACUACUCCCUGAUGAACCUGGUGGCGGGGUGCUUCUACGACGGGGUGCUGCUGUACGCCAUGGUGCUGAACGAGACCCUGCGGGAGGGCGGCUCCAAGAAGAACGCCACCCACCUCAUCGAGAAGAUGCGGGACCGCAAGUUCCAGGGGGUGACCGGGCUGGUGAGCAUGGACGGCAACAACGACCGGGACACCGACUUCAACCUGUGGGCCAUGGGCGACCCCGAGAGCGGGCAGUACGAGGUGGUGGGACACUACUCGGGAGCGGAGAAGCAGAUCCGCUGGCUGGGCCGUCCCAUCCGCUGGGUGAAGGGGGCCCCCCCCUUGGACAACCCGCCCUGCGUCUUCGACGUGGAUGACCCCUCCUGCGAUAAAACCCCCCUCUCCACGCUGGCCAUCGUGGCUUUGGGCACCGGCCUCACCUUCGUCAUGUUCGGCAUCUCCAGCUUCCUCAUCUUCAGGAAGCUGAUGCUGGAGAAGGAGCUGGCCAGCAUGCUGUGGAGGAUCCGCUGGGACGAGCUGCACUUCGGGAGCGCCGAGCGGUACCACAAGGGAGCGGGCAGCCGGCUCACCCUGUCCCUGCGCGGCUCCAGCUACGGCUCCCUGAUGACCACCCAUGGCAAGUACCAGAUCUUCGCCAACACCGGGCACUUCAAGGGCAACGUGGUGGCCAUCAAGCACGUCAACAAGAAGCGCAUCGAGCUGACGCGCCAGGUGCUCUUCGAGCUGAAACACGUAGGUGUGGGGUGGGCACCCUUUGGGGGGGCGCGGGGUCCCCUCCUGGGGACGGCGGGGCUGGAGGACCAC